GUAUUUUUGAUGCCCUUAUGACUAUUCCUUUCUAUUUAUAGACCAGGCAAGGCUUGGGCAUUAUUCCAAUAAACACAUGUGCUUGUUGGUGAGAUCUUUUCAUAACCAUACCUUUUAAAAAUUGCAACUGGGAGCAGAUGCUGUUUUCCUAAACAGUUUACAGGCUGGAGUGAAUGAGUUAGGUUAGUGCGGAGAAACUUGGGCUGCCUUCUCAGUUGGAAGAAUGUCCAAGGAAACAUUUGUAUUCACCUCUUCCACACUUCGUUCCCUGCGUCUGCAACGAGAAAUGCUGGAGUGGGAAGACAGGCGGAGGGCUGCGUCUCACCAGUGUAUAAGUCGGAGGUACCAGCCGGGUGCCAGGAGCCUCUUUUCUCUCCCCAAGCCCACCCGACGCCCUCAGUAUUGCCGGGAUCCUGCUGUUCACAAUGCCCUGUACACAGGAGACUUGCCAAGAGUCCGGAGCAUCUUUAAGGAUGAAACUACCGCCAACUUGAUUGUGGAGACCCUCAAUGAGGAGCUGGUGUGGUCGGCUGAAAUGGGGCUGUGGGUGCUGACCCCCCAGAAGAAGCACACUUCUCCAUUGCGCAUCACAGCAGCCCGGGGCUACGGGGACUGUGUGAAGCAUCUACUCCUGCAAGGGGCUGAGGUUGAUGCUGUUGUUGGUGGGAAAGCCGCCCUUCAUGAUAGCUGUGCCAACCACCGUGCAGAGUGCACCCGCCUGCUCCUCAGCUACAGUGCAAACCCCAACCUACUUUCAGGGGAUGGGCUGGCCCCACUGCACUUGUGUACCACCCAGGAGUCUUUGCCAUGUGCCCAGCUGCUCCUGGAGUAUGGGGCCCUCAUCAACCAGAGCACAAGAGACCGUUGUGCUACCCCAUUGCACGUGGCUGCUAAGCAUGGCCUAGAUGACCACGUGAAGCUCUAUCUUUGCUAUGGAGCAAACAUUGCCCACAGAAACAGAGAGGGAGAGACGGCUCUCAACGCGGCCUGUGCCAGUGCAGACAGGCCCGAGGAGGCUGGCCGUUACUACCGGGUGGUGAAGCGGCUGUUGGAGAGUGGGGCCAAUGUCCAGACAGCUGGCCGAAAGAACCACACACCCUUGCACAACGCCUGCAGCAACUGCCACAUCCGGAUUGUGGAGCUUCUGCUGCAACACGGGGCAGAAGUCAAUGUUAGUAACUGUGCUGGCUACACACCUGUGGACUGUGCCCUACAAGCAGUGGAGGAUUACCUGGAGGGGGAACCGGACAGGCUUAUUGCCACCUUGCUCAACCAUGGUGCAUCACCUAUCAAUCCCAAGAUGCUAAAGUUUUGUGCCUUGUCACCUCAAGCUAUGGAAAUUAUUCUAAAUUCCUAUGACCGGAUCCUGUCCUGUGAUUCUUGGGUGGGAUCUGUGCCCCUUGAAAUGUGGCAGGAGCACCAGAUGUUCUAUGAUUCAGCCCUUUGCCUGGUGAAUCAGCCACGCCCACUGCAACAUCUAGCCCGCUGUGCUGUCCGGAAACAACUGGGGGCGCAAUGCCAUCAGGGCAUUUCCCAGCUGAAAUUGCCAUCUUCUCUGCAAGACUACCUGUAUCUCCCGUUGGAGGGCUAUCUCAAAUGAUGAAGAAUAUAUACAAUAGCCUAAAGAAGAGAAAAAUAAAAAAUUCAGAAUGUUUAUUUUUCUACUUGGUGAAGUAUAAAAAUGGACUGGGAAUGUUAGACUGGGCAGCCAUACACUCUCAUAUCUUGAACUGAAUUUAGUCAGGGAUCAUCCUAGAAUCUAGGGCCUACAUGAGCACUUGGGUACCCACCACUUUCAAGCUAAUUCAUUCUAACUAGAUUUUAACAGAUUUAUGUUUAGAUUUGGAAUUGACUUACAAUGGCCCCAAGGUAUACCCCUAAGCCCCCUCACCAUAUAAUUUUUGUCUACGUACCUACCCCAUAAUGUAUGCUAUCCCAUAAUGUAUGCUGUCAGUAUUAAACAGAUUGUUUCCUUCA